AUGACGAACGAUUCUAAAAUGGACACGGAGAAGAGAGAUGAUUAUGAUCCAUUCGAAAAUCGGAAGGUGGAUAAGCCAAGUUCAGACGUAAGGUCGACAGCAAAUCUUAUAAAGGCAUCAUUAGGAUCAGGUCUUUUGGCGGGACCUCUGGCUUUCGCGAAUGCGGGAUGGGGUGUGGGUAUAGUAGGUACAAUCAUCAUUGGGAUCAUUUGCGGACACUGUGUACAUAUAUUGGUGAAAACAUCACGAGGAUGCUGCAAAUUGGAAAGAAAACCUUUACUCGGAUACGCUGAUACAGCAAAAUCUGCGUUUACGCAUGGACCAAAGGCACUAAGACCUUAUGCUAAUGUAGCCAGAAUAUUUAGCGAAUUUGCUUUAGUAUCGACGUAUGUGGGUGUUUGCUGUAUUUACAGCGUGCUAAUUUCAGAUUCAAUUAAACAAUUGAUAGACAGAUAUGUCCCAUCAGUUAUUUUACCUGUAGAAUAUUACUGCCUGAUAAUAUUAGGACCAAUUUGUGUAUUAUGCCAAGUGAGAUAUUUGAAAUGGCUAGCAAUUUUCUCCUUUUUAGCCAACAUAUUCCUUGUAUUGACGUAUAUAAUUUGUCUUUACUACAUAUUUGGGGAUGAAAUUACUUUAGCCGAUAAGAGAAUCGCUGGUGAUCCUGCAAGAUUUCCCGCCUUUGUUUCCACCGUCAUAUUUGCAAUGGAAGGAAUUGGAGUGGUGAUGCCCGUAGAGAACGCUAUGAAAAAACCGCAGCAUUUCCUCGGCUGCCCCAGUGUGCUUGUAGUGGCUAUGUCAGCCAUAGUCUUCUUCUAUACCACACUUGGCUUGUUUGGUUACUUCAGAUACGGCGAUGUCCUCAGGGGGUCAAUAACAUUGAAUCUUCCUUUGGAUGACUGGCCGGCAAUUUGCGCCAAAGCUUUUAUAGCGUUGUCAAUAUUCUUCACUUACCCGCUUCAAUUCUACGUCGUUUUUGACAUAUUCAAGAACCACACCGAUCAAUAUAUAAAAGACAACUAUCGUAACACUGUGGAAAUAGUCGCCAGAAUUGUUGGCGUAGCAUUCUGCGUUGGAAUUGGUAUCGCGUUGCCAUUAUUGGAGCAAAUUAUUAACAUAGUCGGCGCCUGUUUCUACUCAAUACUCGGUUUAAUUAUCCCAGCCACAUUGGAGACUGUUUUCCGUUGGGAAGACCUCGGCGGGCUAAAGUGGGUCCUGUGGAAGAAUCUAAUUAUCAUUCUAUUUGGUCUAGGAAGCCUCAUAUCCGGCUGCACUGUCACAAUAUUAGAUAUAAUAGAAAUUUUAAACAGUAAAACUGAA